ACUGUGCAGAGUCCAUACAUACAGAAUGGGGACAGAUACCGAGAAUGACACCCGGCAUCCGGGACAGGAGAAGUGGGACUGUGCAGAGUCCAUACAUACAGAAUGGGGACAGAUACAGAGAAUGACACCCGGCAUCUGGGACAGGAGAAGUGGGACUGUGCAGAGUCCAUACAUACAGAAUGGGGACAGAUACCGAGAAUGACACCCGGCAUCCAGGACAGGAGAAGUGGGACUGUGCAGAGUCCAUACAUACAGAAUGGGGACAGAUACCAAGAAUGACACCCGGCAUCCAGGACAGGAGAAGUGGGACUGUGCAGAGUCCAUACAUACAGAAUGGGGACAGAUACCGAGAAUGACACCCGG